AUGAGGUCUGUUUAUGCAUCUUUGGUGUUUGUAUUAGUGUCUGUUCCUUUGAUGGGUGGAACAACACUAGGGGUUUCAGUGGAUACAAGUUUAGCUGUUCUUAUUACUGUGGAUCAAUCAGGGAAAGGAGAUUUUCAAAGAAUUCAAGAUGCAAUUGAUGCUGUGCCUUCAUUUAAUUCAGAGCAAGUUUUUAUCUUAAUCAAACCAGGAAUUUACAGGGAGAGAGUGGUAGUGCCAGAGGACAAACCAUGGAUAACAUUGAGUGGCACAAACGCAACAUCAACAAUCAUAACAUGGAGUGGUGCUUGGGAUACACUUGAAUCUACAACUGUUUCAAUUUUAGCCCCUGAUUUUGUUGGAAGGCAUCUCACUAUUCAGAAUGCAUAUGGUGCAGGGGCUCAAGCAGUAGCACUAAGUGUAUUUGGCGAUAGAGUGGCUUUUUAUGCAUGUAGAAUGAUUUCUUAUCAAGACACUCUCUUCGACAUUAGUGAAAGACACUACUACUCAAAUUGUUAUAUAGAAGGAGCCACAGAUUUUAUUUUUGGAAAUGCUCUUUCUUUUUUUGAAAAAUGUCAUAUACAUUCAACAUCAAAGAGCGGUGGAGCAAUUACAGCUCAAAAACGAUCAUCCGUAGAUGAAAACACUGGUUUUAGCUUUGUUUCAUGUAAGCUUACAGGUGUAAAAUCAAAAAGUGUGUUUCUUGGAAGACCGUGGGGACCUUACUCUAGGGUAGUUUAUGCCGACACUUAUAUGUCUAAUGCGAUAUUACCACAAGGUUGGUCUGAUUGGAACAAUGCAAUCACACAAAGGACUUCAUUCUAUGGAGAAUACAAGUGCUAUGGUUCUGGUGCAAGGAACACAACAAGGGUCAAAUGGAGUCACCAACUACUUACACUUGAUGAAGCCACACCAUUUAUAACACAAACGUGGAUCAAUGGCCAAGAUUGGAUUAGGUCCAACCCAACCCAUUUUAAGAAGCCUUCUUUUCCUUUGAAGAAUGAAGGAGAUGGAUUGGAAUCAUUGGAUGGAUAUUGA